CGCAGCGCGGGCAAGGAUGGCUCGGCAGCCCCGGGGCUUUCUGCAGGAGGCCUCUCACCAAGUCGUCGCCGGAGGCUCGGCGGGUCUUGUAGAAAUUUGCCUGAUGCAUCCCCUUGAUGUAGUAAAAACAAGGUUCCAAAUUCAAAGAGGGAAAACUGAUCCAACCAGUUACAAGAGCCUGGGGGACUGUUUUAGGACUAUUUUCCAACGAGAAGGAUUACUUGGCUUCUACAAAGGAAUACUUCCUCCCAUUUUGGCUGAGACACCUAAAAGGGCAGUGAAGUUUUUUACCUUUGAACAAUACAAGAAGCUUCUGGGAUAUGCAUCACUGCCACCAGGGCUGGCAUUUGCAGUUGCUGGCUUGGGAUCUGGGUUGACAGAGGCAGUUGUGGUUAACCCGUUUGAAGUAGUGAAGGUUACCUUACAGACCAAUCAGAAUGCUUUCACAGAGCAACCAUCUAGCUUUGUUCAAGCUCAGCAGAUCAUUAAAACCGGUGGUCUGGGCUCCCAAGGACUCAACAAAGGCCUCACUGCAACACUGGGCCGUCACGGAGUGUUUAACAUGGUUUACUUUGGAUUCUACUUCAAUGUGAAAAACAUUCUUCCAGUCAAUAAAGAUCCAAAUUUGGAGUUUUUGAGGAAAUUUGGAAUUGGGCUAGUCUCAGGAACAAUAGCCUCAAUUAUUAACAUUCCUUUUGAUGUUGCAAAAAGUAGGAUUCAAGGACCACAGCCAGUUCCUGGAGAGAUCAAGUACAGAACCUGUUUUAAAACUAUGGCAACAGUCUAUAAAGAGGAAGGAUUUCUGGCUCUGUACAAAGGCUUGCUUCCCAAGAUCAUGAGGCUCGGUCCAGGUGGUGCAGUGAUGCUUUUGGUUUACGAAUAUGUUUAUGCAUGGCUUCAGGACGCAGUUAAUCACAAGGAGCAUUUCUGAAAAAAAUACUCUUUAAAAUUGCAUGCAUUCUAAAAUACUCUAUAAUAAAGCAAAAGUGAUUCUUAUCCUUUAUGGUGUUGA